AUGACGCAGACCGCUGUAGACGACAAUGCGGAACGCAUUGUCGUGCCGAAUGAUCCUGACCUGCGCAGCAGGAUCAUGUACGAGUAUCACGAUGUCCCCACGGCGGGACAUCCAGGACGUGAGAAGACGUACUCCCUUCUCACGCGAGACUUCUACUGGAACCACCAGUACAAGUGGGCUCCCCUACAACCACUGCCGACUCCGUCGGAGUGUUGGGAGUCCGUUUCGAUGGACUUCGUGUUUGGUCUUCCGCGCGAUUCCAGGCGGAAGACUGGUAUUGUGGUCUUUGUGGACCGCUUCAGCAAGAUGGUGCAUCUCGCUGCUGUCGCAGCGGAGGUGACCUCCGUACAGACGGCACGUCUGUUCGUCGACAUGGUGUUCAAGCACCAUGGCAUGCCCAACGACUUUGUGUCGGACCGCGAUCCGCGCUUCACGGCGCGUUUCUGGCAAGAAGUGUUCACACUUCUUGGAACACGGUUCUCUAUGUCGACUGCGGAUUAUCCGCAGACGGACGGGCAAACCGAGCGUGUGAACCGCGUGCUCGUGGACUUGCUGAAAAGCUACGCCCAGUCGUUCCACAACUGGAGCGACUACUUGCCGAUGGCCGAGUUCGCCAUCAACAACGCGGUGCAUGCCUCGACUGGGCAUACACCGUUCUUCGUGAACGCCAUGCGGCAUCCACGCCUUCCAAGCACACUCGGGGCGGUGGCUUCCUCCUUAAGUGGGAGAGGUUCUACUGUUGCGUCCGAACAACCGCAGAAGACAGCUGAUACGGAUCUAUCAGCUGCGAUGGCACGUGCGAAAGCGAGAGCCCGCACACGACAAAGCGACAUGUCAGUGCCGGGCACUGACACUGUGAAGAACCACGAGCAGGCGACACCUGCUGCGACCAAGGACAAUGUGUCAGUGCGGGGCACAGAUACCGUGAUGUGUCGAUGCCGGGCAUCGAUACUGAGAAGCUUCACGCACAGGCCGGGCCUGUAG